AUGGUUCUUCACACUGAGAACAAGUUUCCUCACUCUGAGAACGAGGUUCCUCAUUCUGAGGACAAAGUUCCUCACUCUGAGGGCAAGGUUCCUCACACUGAGGACAAGUUUCCACACUCUGAGUACAAGGAUCUUCACUCUGAGGACAAGGUCCUCAGUCUUAGGACAAGGUCCUCACUCUGAGGACAAGGUUCCGCUCUCUGAAGGCAGUUUCCUCAGACAGAGGACAAGGUUCCUCGCACUGAGGACAAGGUUCCUCACUCUGAGGACAAGGUUCCUCACACUAAAGACAAGGUUCCUCACUCUGAGAACAAGGUUCCUCACUUUGAGGACAAGGUUUCUCAAUCUGAGGGCAAGGUUCCUCACUCUAAAAUCAGGUUAAAAAAGGUUCUUCACUCUGAGGACAAGGUUCCUCACUCUGAGGACAAGAUUCCUCACUCUCAGGAAAACGUUCCAAACACUGAGGACAAGGCUCCUCUCUGUGAGGACAAGGCGCCUCACUCUGAGGACAAGGUUCCUCACUGUGAAGAAGGUUCCUCACUCUGUGGAUAAGGUUCCUCACACUGAGGACAAGGUUCCUGACUCUGAGGACAACGUUCCACACUCUGAAGUCAGGUUCCUCACUCUGAGGACAAGGUGCCUCACUCUGAGGACAAGGUUCUUCACACUAAGGACAAGGUUCCGCGCUCUGAGAAGAAGGUUCAUGACUCUGAGGACAAGGUUCCUCACUCUGAGGACAAGGUUUCUCACUCUGAAGACAAGGUUCCUCACUCUGAAGUCAGGUUCCUCACUCUGAGGACAAGGUUCCUCACUCUGAGGACAAGGUUCUUCACACUGAGGACAAGGUUCCGGACUCGGAGAAGAAGGUUCAUGACUCUGAGGACAAGGUGCCUCACACUGAGGACAAGGUUCUUCACUCUGAGGACAAGGUUCCUCACUCUGAGGACAAGGUUCCUCAUUCUGAGGACAAGGUUCCUCACUCUGAGGACAAUGUUCCUCACUCUGAAGUCAGGUUCCUCACUCUGAAGACAAGGUUGCUCACUCUGAGGAAAAGGUUCUUCACACUGAGGAAAAUGAUCCACACUCUGACAAGAAGGUUCCUCACUCUGAGGACAAGGUUCUUCACUCCGAAGACAAGGUUCCUCACUUCGAGGACAAGGUUCCUCACUCUCAGGAAAAAGGUUCCUCACACUAACGACAAGGCUCCUGUCACCGAGGACAAUGUACCUCACUCUGAGGACAAGGUUCCUCAAUCUGAGGAGAAGGUUCUUCAUUCUGAGGAUAAGGUUCUUCACUCGGAGAACAAGGUACCUCACUCUGAAGACGAGGUUCCUCAUCCUGAGGACAAGGUUCCUCACACUAAGGACAAGGUUGCUCACUCUCACAACAAGGUUCCUCACUCUGAGAACAAGGUUCCUCACUCUGAGAACAAGGGUUCCUCAAUCUGAGGACAAGGUUCCUCACUCUGAGGGCAAGGUUCCUCACACUGAGGACAAGUUUCCUCACUCAGAGGACAAGGAUCUUCACUCUGAGGACAAGGUCCUCACUCGGAGGACAAGGUACUCACUCUGAGGACAAGGUUCCGCCCUCUGAAGUCAGGUUACUCAGACUGAGGACAAGUUUCCUCGCUCUGAGGACAAGGCUCCUCACUCUGAGGACAAGGUUCCUCACACUAAAGACAAGGUUCCUCACACUAAAGACAAGGUUCCUCACUCUGAGAACAGGGUUCCUCACUCUGAGGACAAGGAUUCUCACUCUGAGGACAAGGGUCCUCACUGUGAAAUCAGGUUCCUCACUCUGACGACAAGGUUCCUCACUCUGAGGACAAGAUUCUUUACACUGAGGUCAAGGUUCCGUACUCUGAGAAGAAGGUUCAUGACUCUGAGGACAAGGUUCCUCACUCUGCCGACAAGGUUCCUCACUCUUAGGAAAAGGUUCCUCACUCUGAGGACAAGGUUCAGCACUCUGAAGGCAGGUUCCUCACACUGAGGACAAGUUUCCUCGUCCUGAGGACAAGUUUCCUCACUCUGAGGACAAGGUUCCUCACACUGAGAACAAGGUUCCUCACUCUGAGGACAAUGUACCUCACUCUGAGGACGAGGUUCCUCACACUGAGGACAAGGUUCCUCACAUUAAGGACAAGGUUCCUCACUCUGAGAACAAGGUACCCCACUCUGAGGACAAGGAUUCUCACUCUGAGGACAAGGGUCCUCACCCUGAAGUCAGGUUCCUCACUCUGAGGACAAGGUUCCUCACUCUGAGGACAAGGUUCUUCACACUGAGGUCAAGGUUCCGUACUCUGAGAAGAGGUUCAUGACUCUGAGGACAAGGUUCCUCACUCUGACGACAAGGUUCCUCACUCUGAGGAAAAGGUUCAUCACUCUGAGGACAAGGUUCAGCACUCUGAAGGCUGGUUCCUCACACUGAGGACAAGUUUCCUCGUCCUGACGACAAGUUUCCUCACUCUGAGGAUAAGGUUCCUCACACUGAGGACAAAGUUCCUCACUCUGAAGACAAUGUACCUCACUCUGAGGACGAGGUUCCUCACACUGAGGACAAGGUUCCUCACACUAUGGACAAGGUUCCUCACUCUGAAAACAAGGUUCCUCACUCUGAGAACAAGGUUCCUCACUCUGAGGACAAGGUUCCUCACUCUGAGGGCAAGGUUCCUCACACUGAGGACAAGUUUCCUCACUCAGAGGACAAGGAUCUUCACUCUGAGGACAAGGUCCUCACUCGGAGGACAAGGUACUCACUCGGAGGACAAGGUUCCGCCCUCUGAAGGCAGGUUACUCAGACUGAGGACAAGGCUCCUCACUCUGAGGACAAAGUUCCUCACACUAAAGACAAGGUUCCUCACACUAAAGACAAGGUUCCUCACUCUGAGAACAAGGUUCCUCACUCUGAGGACAAGGAUUCUCACUCUGAGGACAAGGGUCCUCACUCUGAAGUCAGGUUCCUCACUCUGAGGACAAGGUUCCUCACUCUGAGGACAAGGUUCUUUACACUGAGGUCAAGGUUCCGUACUCUGAGAAGAAGGUUCAUGACUCUGAGGACAAGGUUCCUCACUCUGCCGACAAGGUUCCUCACUCUGAGGAAAAGGUUCCUCACUCUGAGGACAAGGUUCAGCACUCUGAAGGCAGGUUCCUCACACUGAGGACAAGUUUCCUCGUCCUGAGGACAAGUUUCCUUACUCUGAGGAGAAGGUUCCUCACACUGAGAACAAGGUUCCUCACUCUGAGGACAAUGUACCUCACUCUGAGGACGAGGUUCCUCACACUGAGGACAAGGUUCCUCACACUAAGGACAAGUUUCCUCACUCUGAGGAUAAGGUUCCUCACACUGAGGACAAAGUUCCUCACUCUGAGGACAAUGUACCUCACUCUGAGGACGAGGUUCCUCACACUGAGGACAAGGUUCCUCACACUAAGGACAAGGUUCCUCACUCUGAAAACAAGGUUCCUCACUCUGAGAACAAGGUUCCUCACUCUGAGAACAAGGGUUCCUCAAUCUGAGGACAAGGUUCCUCGCACUGAGGACAAGGUUCCUCGCACUGAGGACAUGGUUCCUCACAGUGAGAACAAGGUUCCUCACGCUGAGAACAAACUUCCUCACUCUGAUGACAAGUUUCCGCCCUCUGAAGGCAGGUUCCUCAGACUGAGGACAAGGUUCCUCACUCUGAGAACAAGGUUCCUCACUCUGAGGACAAGGUUUCUCACUCUGAGGACAAGGUUCCUCACUCUGAAGUCAGGUUCAUAACUCUGAGGACAAGGUUCCUCACUCUAAGGACAAUGUUCUUCACACUGAGGACAAGGUUACGCACUCUGACAAGAAGGUUCAUGACUCUGAGGACAAGGUUCCUAACUCUGAGGACAAGGUUCCUCACUCUGAAGAAAAGGUUCCUCACACUGAGGACAAGGCUCCUCACCCUGAGGACAAGAUUCCUCACACUGAGGACAAGGUUCUUCACUCUGAUGACGAGGUUCCUCACUCUGAGGGCAAUGUUGCUCACUCUGAAGUCAGGUUCCUCACUCUGAAGACAACAUUCCUCACUGUGAGCACAAGGUUCUUCACACUGAGUACAAUGGUCCACCCUCUGGCAAGAAGGUUCCUCACUCUGAGGACAAGGUUCCUCACUCUCAGGAAAACGUUCCUCACACUGAGCCAAGGCUCCUCUCUCUGAGUACAAGGUUCCUGACUUUGAGGACAAGCUUCCUCACUCAGAGGAGAAGGUUCCUCACUCUGAGGAUAAGGUUCCGCACUCUGAGAAGAAGGUCAUGGCUCUGAGGACAAGGUUCCUCACUCUGAGGACAACGUUUCUCACUCUGAGGACAAGGUUCCUCACUCUGAAGUCAGGUACCUCACUCUGAGGACAAGGUUCCUCACUCUGAGGACAAGGUUCUUCACCCUAAGGACAAGGUUCCUCACUCCGAAAACAAGGUUCCUCACACUGAGGACAAGGUUGCUCAAUCUGAGGACAAGGUUGCUCACUCUGAGGACAAGGUUCCUCACUGUGAGGACAAGGUUCCCCACCCUGAGGACAAGGUUCCUCACUCUGAAGAAAAGGUUCGUCACACUGAGGACAAUGCUCCUCACUCUGAGGACAAGGUUCCUCACACUGAGGACAAGGUUCUUCACUCUGAGGACGACGUUCCACACUCUGAGGACAAUGUUCCACACUCUGAAGUCAGGUUCCUCACUCUGAAGACAAUGUUCCUCACUGUGAGGACAAGGUUCUUCGCACUGAGGACAAGGGUCCACCCUCUGACAAGAAGGUUGCUCGCUCUGAGGACAAGGUACCUCACAUUGAGGACAAGGUUCUUCACUCUGAGGACGAGGUUCCUCACUCUGAGGACAAGGUUCCUCAUUCUGAGGACAAGGUUCCUCACUCUGAGGACAAUGUUCCUUACUCUGAAGUCAGGUUCCUCUCUCUGAAGACAAUGUUCCUCACUGUGAGGACAAGGUUCUUCACACUGAGGACAAGGGUCCACACUCUAACAAGAAGGUUCCUCACUCUGAGGACAAGGUUCCUCACUCUGAGGACAAGGUUCCUCACUCUUAGGAAAAAGGUCCUCACACUGAGGACAAGGCUCCUCUCUCUGAGGACAAGGCUCCUCACUCUGAGGACAAGGUUCCUCACUCUGAGAAGAAGGUUCCUCACUCUGAGGAUAAGGUUCCUCACACUGAGGACAAGGCUCCUGACUCUGAGGACAAAGUUCCACACUCUGAAGUCAGGUUCCUCACUCUGAGGACAACGUUGCUCACUCGGAGGACAAAGUUUCUCACUCUGAGGACAAGGUUCUUCACACUGAGGACAAGGUUCCUCACUCUGAAGGCAGGUUCCUCACUCUGAGCACAAGGUUUAUUUUUCUGAGGACAAGGUUCCUCACUCUGAGGACAAGGUUCCUCACACUGCGGACAAGGUUCCCCAUUCUAAGGACAAGGUUCCUCACUCUGACGACAAGGUUCCUCUCUCUCUGAGAACAAGGUCGUCACUCCGUGGACAAGGUUCCUCACUCUGAAAGCAGGUUCUUCACUCUGAGGACAAGGUUCGUCACACUGAGGAGAAGGUUUGUUACUCCGAGGAAAAAGUUCCUCACUCUGAGGACAAGGUUCCUCACUCUGAGAACAAGGUUCCUCUCUCUGAGGACAAGGUUCCUCAAGCUGAGGACAAAGUUACUCACUCUGAGGACAAGGUUCCUCACUCUGAGGACAAAGUUCCGCACUCUGAGGACAAGGUUGCUCGCCCUGAAGGCAGGUUCCUCACUCUAAGGAGAAGGUUCCUCACUCUGAGGAUAAAGUUUCUUACUUUGAGAACAAGGUUCCUCACUCUGAAGACAUAGCUCCUCACUCUGAGGACAACGUUCGACACUCUCAAGACAUAGGCACCUCAUUCUCAGGACAAGGUUCCUCACUCGGAAGACAAGGUUCCUCCGUGUUAAGGCAGGUUCCUCACACUAAGGACAAGGUUCCUGAUUCUGAGGACAAGGUUCAUCACUCUGAAGGCAUGUACCACACUCUAAGGACAAAGUUCCUCACUCUGAGGACAAGUUUCCACACUCUAAGGACAAGGUUCCUCACUCUGAGGACAAGGUUCCUCAUUCUGAGGACAAGGUUGCUCACUCUGAGGACAAGGUUCCUCGCUCUGAGGACAAGAUUCCUCACUCUGACGACAAGCUUCCUUACCCUGAAGACAAGGGUCCUCACACUGAGGACAAGGUUCCUCACUCUGAAGACAAGGUUCUUCACACUGAGGACAAGGUUCCUCACACUGAGGACAAGGUUCCUCAUUCUGAGAACAAGGUUUGUCUGUCUGAGGACAAGGUUCCUCACUCUGAGGAGAAGGUGCUUCACACUGAGGACAAAGUUCCUCACUCUUAG